CCUUCUCGGCACGCCUAUCGAUAAUACGAGUAUACGAGGACAUCGAGCAACGGAAGGAUACGGAUGCGGAUAAGCAAAGAAAAGAAAUAUCCCAAUCGAAUUCGGGUGCGAAUAUGACAAUUCGCGCAUACGCAUAUGCAGAAGCGCACGCAUGCACCCACGCGAGAACCACGACGGGGUAAUCACCCUACCGCCUAGUGGACGUCCAGCAAACUCCGAGCGACGGUUUUUUUCCUCUCCAACUGCGAAGAGUCAUCGGCAAAUUCUCACUCGCCCUGUCAGGCUAUCUCGCGCACUUUGUGGGUUUCGGCUGCCCAUCCGAGAUGCAGGCACAAACGGACACACGUCGACAACUUUUUUUUUUCCUGCUUCGCGAAAAUGCUUCAGCCAUUCAUCUUAUCACGCGAUUUCGGAGCCGCAAUUUUUUGAUCGCUUUUUUUUUUUGGCUUUGUGUAAACAAUUGUCUCGCUUGUUCGCAGACACCCACGCACAUACUUCGAGGAAAGCGAAUGCUGCUUCUCCCAUCCACCGCAUAUCAAUUAUCUAACGACAUACCACGCCAUACCCCUUCAUCAUCAUCAUUCAUCGCAUUUUCAGCCAUACCAUUCAUAGCAUAUACCCUCCUUCCUUUCCUUCCUUUCCUUCCUUUCCCUUCUUCUUCCUCGCAUCCUCCAAACCUGCAUUUUACCAACCUCGAAGAAGACUGCCCAAGUGCUGGGUUCCUUCAAUUUCGUUUUUUUCUCAUUUAUCCUCGCAUUUAUUUCCUCCAUUUCACGCCAUGUAUGACAAUCUCGUUUUUAUCUUAUCUUUAGACGUAUAUAGGUAGUCGGUGAAUCAGCUUGACGCUGAUGUGGUGUAUCUAUCUUUGAGACAGGGAAAGGGGAGGGACGUGUAAAUAGUUAGUCGAGACGGAGCAUAAAAAGAUGAAACGACGAAAAAACAAUCGAAAGAACAUUAUCAAUUAUUG